UAGCCAGCUUUGAUUUCGGGAAUCCCGAAGUUUUCGAUUUUUAAAAUUCAUGCCAUGACAAUGAGUCCCCCACAUGACUCGUCCUCUACCGCCAGCGGCAGCGGCAGUUCCUCCUGCUCCGCCGCUUCCGCCGACCAGAUCGACUCCCUUCUCGCCGGCGCCGGCUACGCCGUCCGCUCUUCCCAACUCGGCACCGUGGCUUUCCGCCUCGAGCAUCUCGAGAGUUUCAUGGUCAGCAGUCCCAUGGGCUCCGAGAUCUCUCACCAUCUCGCAAACGACGUCGUUCACCACAACCCUUCUGACCUUGGGUCCUGGGUCGACUCGUUAAUUUCUGAGCUCAACCCGCCCGAGUUCUCCGCCGCCCCACUGGAUCCCGAUUUCGUCAAUUCGGGCCCCAUCGGGUGGGCCCAAUGUGGCCCGGUGAACAACCACCGGAUUAUUCCGCCCCAUCUGACCGCCGCGGCGGAGCAGGAAGAUUCCGGCAUCAGGCUGGUGCAUGCGCUGAUGACGUGCGCCGCCUCAUUCCACCGUGGCGAGUUUUCAUUGGCCGGAUCCUUGAUCGACGAACUUCAGCUCCUCCUGACACGUGUCGAUUCCGGCAGCGGCAUCGGCAAAGUCGCCGGCUACUUCAUCGACGCCCUGAGCAGAAGACUCUACGCGCCGCCGCAGGGGAUCGUCCCGGCGGGAUCGGCCAUCGAGGACGAGAUUUUCUAUUCCCAUUUCUACGAAGCCGCCCCGUAUUUGAAAUUCGCCCACUUCACGGCCAAUCAAGCCAUACUGGAGGCAUUCAACGGCCACGAUUGCGUCCACGUCAUCGACUUCAACCUGAUGCACGGCCUGCAAUGGCNCGACGCCCUGAGCAGAAGACUCUACGCGCCGCCGCAGGGGAUCGUCCCGGCGGGAUCGGCCAUCGAGGACGAGAUUUUCUAUUCCCAUUUCUACGAAGCCGCCCCGUAUUUGAAAUUCGCCCACUUCACGGCCAAUCAAGCCAUACUGGAGGCAUUCAACGGCCACGAUUGCGUCCACGUCAUCGACUUCAACCUGAUGCACGGCCUGCAAUGGCUGGCGUUCAUCCAGGCUCUGGCUUUACGGCCCGGCGGGCCGCCGCUCCUCCGGCUAACCGGAAUCGGGCCUCCCUCUCCGGACGGUCGGGAUUCGUUACGCGAAAUCGGUCUCAAAUUAGCCGAAUUGGCCCGGUCCGUUAACGUCCGGUUUGCCUUCCGCGGGGUCGCAGCUUCACGGAUUGACGAUGUCAAGCCUUGGAUGCUGCAAGUGGGCCCCAAUGAAGCCGUGGCCGUGAACUCCAUCAUGCAACUCCACAAAUUGCUCGUUCCGGAUCCGAUCCGCGGGCGGCCCAUCAAUGCCGUGCUCGGGUGGGUCAAGAGCUUGAACCCGAGAGUCGUGACCGUGGUCGAGCAGGAGGCGAACCACAAUCGGCCCGAGUUUCUCGACCGCUUCACGGAAGCUUUGUACUACUACUCGACCAUGUUCGACUCGCUCGAAGCUUGCCCGGCCGAACCGGACAAGGCAUUAGCCGAGAUGCACAUACAGAGAGAGAUUUGCAAUGUGGUUUGUUGCGAGGGCGUGGGCCGGGUGGAGAGACAUGAGCCGUUGGGCAUGUGGAAGGACCGGCUCGCCCAAGCCGGUUUCCGGGCUUUCAAUCUUGGAUCCAAUGCCUUCAAGCAAGCCAGCAUGUUACUGACUCUAUUCUCGUCUGAAGGGUACAAUGUGGAAGAGAGAGAUGGGUGUUUAACGCUGGGGUGGCACAGCCGGCCGCUGGUGGCGGCUUCGGCUUGGCAACCAAACCGUGGUUGAGUCGAACCGAACUGAACCGGUUCGGGUGAUUUUUCGAUGUGAAAUCUUGUAGUAGCAUAAUGCCCCAUUGGGUUUAACCUUCAUCAGAUCAUGGGGUCAACUAGAGGAAAGACUGUGACGCAUGAUAUGGUUUU